UGCGCCGUGUGGCGGCAGGCGGAGAUGGUGGAGCUGGGCUGAUGGCGGCGGCGGAGGCGGCGCUGCGCUGAGCGAUCCCGUCCCGCGCGCCGCGCCCCCCCCGCCAUGGGCAACGAGGCCAGCCUGGAGGGAGGGGGGGCCGAGGGGCAGCUGCCGCCCGGCCCCGCCGCCGGCUCCCCCCUGCCGCCCGCCGCCGCCAAGCCGCCUUCAGCACCCGGCAGCGGCGGACAGCUCCCGGGUAGGGCGCCGGCCCUGGGCCCCGCCGCCCCGGCGCCCGCCGGCAGUACACCCAGAAGACCAGAUCAAUUGGAUCACCCAGCAGGACAGAGAUCAGCUUCCCCAUCCCUUACGCAGCCUGCUCAGACUGGUGAGAGCACAAAAGAUAUGAGGCGUCAUGAGGCCAGCCAACAGGCAGAUGGACCUGGGAGGACUCUCCAAGUGGAUACCAGAAGUCAAAAAUCAGGACGGUCUCCCUCUGUUUCACCAGACCGAGGCAGCACCCCUACCUCACCUUAUUCUGUCCCACAAAUUGCGCCCCUUCCAAGCAGCACUCUUUGCCCUAUAUGCAAGACAACAGAACUCACUUCCUCCCCUAACCAGCCAAACUUCAACACCUGUACACAGUGUCACAACAAGGUCUGCAACCAAUGUGGAUUCAAUCCUAACCCCCAUCUCACUGAGGUGAAGGAAUGGUUAUGUUUGAACUGCCAGAUGCAGAGAGCUUUAGGGAUGGACAUGACCACAGCACCUCGCUCCAAAAGCCAGCAGCAGCUACACUCCCCUUCACUUUCUCCAUCCCAUUCCCCAGCCAAACAGCCCCAACCUCAACCCCAGGUAAAGACAGGACAAGAGAAACUACCAGGAACUGUGCUGCCAGGCACCAGGCAGAGUGCUGGUGUACUGCAGCCAGAUGCACCAAAACCACACCCAGCUACAGUGCAGAGGGAACAACACAGCCAAGGCCAGCCAAAACCUGCUGCUCCUCAGGAAGUGGUGAGAUCUCCACCUCAGCAUCAGCAAGCAAAACCUCCUUCCUCUGACCAGAAAAAAAGUAUGGGAGACUCCCCAGCAAAGACUUCAGCACCACCCCCCAGUGCUGGAGCACAAGAGCAACCCCAGGAGGGACUCACUGGAAAGCUCUUUGGGCUUGGAGCUUCUCUCUUGACCCAGGCAAGCACACUUAUGUCUGUCCAGCCAGAGGCCACCCCACAAAGUCAGCAGUCCCCUGGCAAAGUGCCUCCAAAAAUUGUCUUCAGUGAUGCCAGCAAGGAAGCUGGCCUUAAAGCCCCAGGUGCUACACCUGGAGCACAGGGUAGGGCUGGGACUGCUUCAGCUACAAAGCAAGAAAAAGCAGAACAAGUCUUCAAGCCAAAGGAAGUGCCGAAAGAAAGGGUCUUGUGCCCUCUGUGCAAAGCAGAGAUCAAUGUGGGCUCUGGUGGACCCUGCAACUAUAAUACCUGUACAACCUGUAGACAGCAGGUCUGUAACAUGUGUGGAUUCAAUCCAACACCUCAUCUGGUGGAGAAAAAUGAAUGGCUGUGUUUGAACUGCCAAACUCAGAGGCUGCUAGAAGGAAGCCUAGGAGAUCCUGCUCCGAUGCCACUGCCUGCUCCAAAACAACAGCCAACAGGAUCACCCCGACACCAACCAGUGGGAACCAAUCAGCAACAGAGAGGAGUAACACUUCAGCAGUCACAAACAACAACUCCUCCGGACAGGCACCUCUCCAAGACAACUCCCCAAGUUAAGAAUCUCAGGUCUUCAGAGCAGACCAUAGUCCAAGAGAAAAAGCCUCUUGUUUCAACAGAAGAAAAGCCACUAUCAAAGCCUCCUGCUGACUCUCCAAAAGUUCCUGAAAGUCCAAUGCCAAAGGGGAAAAGCACAGCAUCAAAGCCAGAAGCAGACAGCAAAGAAAGCAAGACAAUCAUUGAGGCUCAGAAAGUGAGAGAGCAAGAGGAAGCAAGCAAGCCUUAUCCCUCAGACCUGUCCCGCAGCCCUCAAAGCCUGAGUGACACUGGCUACUCAUCUGAUGGUAUUUCCAGCUCCCAGAGUGAGAUAACAGGCCUGGUACAGCAGGAAGAAGAGAGGUUGAAUGGAACAGGCCUAGCAGAGCAGAGCCCUCCCAGUCCCUCUGAACUUACAAAAUUAGAGAGCAGUGUACGCCCCCUGCUGGAAUCAAAGGGUAUCUCCCAAGACCAGAGCGACCAAGAGAAAAUGUAUCAUGAGAUACGGGAAGAGCAAAGACAGAGGCAGAGACCUCGGUCCCUUUCUAUCACCCCAGAAGCCUUCGACUCAGAUGAGGAGCUAGAAGAUAUCAUGGAAGAAGAUGAAGACUCCCUAGAGUGGGAAAACCAGAGAGAUCAAAGAGAGAGUAUGGAGUCAUCAGAUGACUUUGGCAGCCAGCUGCGUCAUGACUACGUGGAGGACAGCAGUGAAGGAGGAUUCUCCCCACUACCAACCAGGCCAAAAGGCAGAGAGACAGAGAUGACUGACGAGGAGUUCAUGAGGAGACAGAUCCUGGAGAUGAGUGCUGAAGAGGACAACCUUGAAGAUGAGGAAAAGGAGUAUGAUCAUGUAAAAUACAGUGUCACAAAAAAUGGGCACAAACCUGACACAGAGAAAAGCAAAGAUCCUUCCUCAUCCAAGAGACGCCUGCCUCACAGCUCCGGCAGUUUGUAUGAGGAGGAGAGGAAAGAACUAGAAGCUGCAGAGGGAGAUGAUAUGACUGCAUCCCAGGGGGGAUUGCGGCGCUUCAAAACCAUUGAGUUAAAUAGCACCAAGAGCUACAAUCGAGACAUGGAAAUUAGCCAGGAUACGGACACCAGCAUGGACAGGGAGCCAGAACUGGAAAUGGAGAGCCUGACAGGCUCCCCAGAGGAACGGUCAAGGGGAGAAUAUUCUUCCACCUUGCCUGCAACAACACCUAGCUACACAUCAGGUACCUCCCCAACUUCUAUCUCUUCUCUGGAAGAGGACAGUGACAGCAGUCCCAGCCGAAGGCAGAGGCUGGAAGAAGUGAAGCAGCAGCGGAAAGCACGGCAUCGCUCCCAUGGGCCUUUGCUGCCAACCAUAGAGGAUUCCUCAGAAGAAGAGGAGCUGCGGGAGGAAGAGGAGCUCUUGCGGGAGCAGGAGAAGAUGCGCGAAGUGGAGCAGCAACGUAUUCGAAGCACUGCACGCAAAACUAAACGGGACAAGGAGGAGCUGAGGGCACAGAGGAGAAGAGAAAGAUCCAAAACACCACCUAGUAACCUGUCUCCCAUUGAGGAUGCUUCUCCCACAGAGGAGCUUCGGCAGGCAGCAGAGAUGGAGGAGCUGCACAGAUCCUCCUGCUCAGAGUACUCGCCGUCUGUAGACUCUGAUGCUGAGGGAUUUGACAUCAUAGCCUCCAAGCUGUACAAGUCGGGCAGUGAGUACAACUUGCCUACUUUCAUGUCUCUUUACUCCCCAACUGAAAAAACAGACAGUAGUUCUAGUUAUCCCUCUAGCAAGCCUCUGAAAAGUGCAGAAGAAGCAUAUGAAGAGAUUAUGAAGAAGGCAGAAAUGUUCCAAAAGCAGCAAGUCCAGCAGUCCCAACAAAGUGUUUCCUAUAGCGACGCCUACCAGCAGGUAGGAUACUGCAGCACAGAAGAUCAAAAUAAUUUUGAAUAUCAUUACAUAGAUGAGUACAGCUAUGAUACCAGAAACUUGGAGUCUUCUCAGUCUGAUUACCAGAGUGACCUCUCCAAACCUGGAGCAGUGUAUGAGGAAAUCCUGCAGACAUCGCAGAGCAUUUCCAGGAUGCACCAGUCCUCCUCCUUUGAUCUGGCUCUAGAACAGGAGGAAAAGAAGAAAGGGAAAAAAGAAGUAUAUCAGGAAAAGCACUAUCUGAAUGCUGAGAGUGCUUAUGCUGAUUUGAUGAAGCAAAACAAUGCUCCACUCACGCCAGGCACAAGCCCCACCCAGCUAUCUGCUCCUGUAUCUUUUUCAUCCUCUGAAGAAAGUGCAGGCAGGGUAAUUCCUGAUGUUCGAGUCACUCAGCAUUUUGCAAAAGAGGGGCAUAAUCACACAAAGCUUCAGAGUUUAUCGGCAGCUUCUACCUCAGUUUCCAGAGUUAUGACACCUGCCUAUCCAUAUGCUAAAAGCCCCAGCACUGUCACCACUGUCAUUUCCAGCCCAGUGAGUGCACCACGAAUCUACAGCUCUCCAUGUUUGAGUAGCUCAGACACAACAUCUGUAUCUACUAGAAGUUACAGUCAAAUUAAGAGUACUGCAAGUUACAGCUCUCAGACAGAGGAUAUCUCCAGAAGCAAGAGUGCUACUGAGGUCAGUGGGCCACCAGCAAGAGAAAAACUCCAGAAUAUGAGUGAUAGCAAGACUAUGUCAUCCAAAAUGUACUCUUUCUUCAAAGGCUCCAGCCCACCACUUUCCCCAACUUCUCCUACUCAAAGUCCCACUCGUUCGGUUUUAAGAAGAGGGAUGCCAGCUAGUCCUGGGAUGGGAGCAAAAUCAACUGCAGAGUUUUCCACUCAAACACAAAGCACAGUUCUCACAUAUGAUAUCCCCACUACCACCAGUACAUCAACCUCCUCUCCAAUGGUAGCCCAAGGAACACAGACACCCCAUCGUGCUGGUUCUCCUCGCAUUACUAGGCAGCAGUCGUCACAAGAAGCUCCAUUUAUGGUCAUUACAUUAGCAUCAGAUGCGUCUAGCCAAACAAAGCCAAUAAACAUAAACUCCUCCACAUCCCCUGCCUCAUCUCCAACCAGGCUGAGUCGCCAGCAGACAUUGCAUAGCUACAGUCAAACAAUAAUCAAUGCAGCACAACUUCAGCAGGAGCAGCUGCAAUCCACUUACACAAAGAUACCGUCAAUGAUAGACAGAGCCUCUGUGCCCAGUGGUGCAGUUCAGAAAGUGCCUACCACUUCUGCAGAGAGCCCUGCUGGUGUGUACAGCUGGGGAACACUGCCUGCAGAGAAUAUCUCCUUGUGCAGAAUAUCUUCAAUUCCUGGAACAUCCAGGGUAGAGCCUGGACCCAAGCCACCAAGCAGUAGUGCUGUAGACUUACGAACAGCUCUGAAAUCAGCCCCAAUCAUCAUAACAGACCAUGGCAUGGAUCUCACUUCUCUAGCUACUGAAACUAGAAAAUACUGCCUUGCUUUAGAACAGACCCCAAAUCGGCAGUCAACAACUAUCCAGCCCUUAAUCAUAAAUCUCAAUGCCCAAGAACAGCCCCAUGCUAUUAUGGGCACAACCACUACAGUCAGCAUAACUGUGGCAUCCUCCAUGCUUGUGUCUCAGCCAAAACAACCCGCAGUGUAUGGAGACCCUUUUCAGAACAGGAUGGACUAUGGGCAAGGUGCAGGAAGUCCUGUCUGCCUGACCCAAGUCAAGCAGGUAGAGCAAGCAGUUCAAACUGGCUCCUUCAGGGGGAGUGGGAGUGAAACUGGCAUUUCUGCUCUGGAAGGAAAACCUGAAGCUGUUACUCCACAACAAACAAAAUUUGCAAGAUAUAAUUUGCCUAACCAAAUGACAACUUUUGUGAAGAAAGAUAUGCUUAUAACUCAGACCAGUAGCACACAGGGUGGUGUUAACAUCAGUACAAUUCCCAGACAAUUCUCUCAGGAUCAAAGCCCAGACAUAUAUAGAGGAGUACCUGUGGAACUGAAAACCCAGGGUCCUCCAAUCAACCUGGGAGGCAAAAAAUCACAAGUCAUGAUGGUACAGAUGGAUGAUAUAGCAGCAGGCCCAGUAACAAAAGUGCUCAAAGAAGAACCACCAGCUAAUGUGCUGGAUCUCACAGGGAUAAAGCCCGAAAGCCAGGUGGCAUGCUGUGAUAUAGUGUAUAAAUUCCCUUUUGGCAGCAGUUGCACUGGAGCUUUCAAUCCUUCCCCAAAGAUGCCAGAGAAGAAAGCUGGGGACACAGCUCCAGCUGGCAAAUCUAGUGCCCCAUACUAUGGAAACAAAGAACAAGAGUUGCCUGAGACCUACCCAUUCAGAGACCAGUCAGCCCCAGCUCCAAGUCUGUACGAGGAACACAGAUUCUACCCACAAGGCAUGUUUGGGAGGCUGUAUUCAUCUAUGUCAGAUACAAACAUCUCAGAAAUCAGCAUGAAUUAUUACCCUGCUAAGGGGGAGCAGCCUUUCCACUCCCCUGCAGGAGAAUCUGCAGUUGAUUUGACUACAAUGAAAGACUCCUACAGCAUCAGCUUCACAGAGGGGGGCUACUUGGGCCACGGCCUGCAGUAUGGCUCUUUCUCUGACCUCCGGCAGCCUACAGACUUGCUAAGUCACCCACUCCCAAUGAGAAGGUACAGUUCAGCCUCAAAUAUCUACUCUGACUACCGGUACUCACCCAGAGACCUGGCAAAUUUCCAAGAGUCUAGUCUGGCCCAGUACAGUGCCACUACAGCUCGCGAAAUCAGCCGAAUGUGUGCUGCGCUUAACUCAAUGGACCAGUAUGGAGGAAGACAUACAAACAGCCCUGAUCUUUUGCAGUAUGGGCCCAGUUCUCUCAGUGCUGGGCCAACAGGAGCUAGCAGCAUCUCUGCUCCACAGGGCAUCACUCCCAUCAAACCCAGCAUGAUGUACAACACCAAUUUCCUGGACUCACGUCAGGGCUUCGGAAAUCUAGCACAGUACAAUCUCCCUGGCGUCCGUCUGGGAGCUGUCAGACAGAUAUUCCCUUCCACAGCCACUGUGCGAGCUGCAGAUGGCAUGAUUUAUUCCACUAUAAACACUCCUAUAGCAUCAACCCUUCCCAUCACCACCCAGCCAGCUUCUGUGCUUCGACCCAUGCUCCGAGGGAUAUAUAGACCUUACACCCCGGGUAACAUCACAGCUGUCCCUCUGGCCAGCCUGACCAGAGUGCCUUUGGUUACUCCAAGGAUCCCCCUUGCAACCCCAGGUCUUUACCGCUAUUCAGCUCCUUGCAGAUUCCCAUCUGUUCCCACAACAUCAGUGAUGGAAACGCCCAUGUACCUGGGAAAACCUGUCACCACUGUUGCAGCCAGCACUGCUGCAAGUGGCAUCAGCACAGUGCCCACUGCCAAAGCACCAGCAAUCACUGCAGUGGGUGUUCAAAGACCUGAGCAGGCUGGGGCUGGCACUCGAGAUGAGGGGCCUGCAACAGCUUCUGGGGCCCAGAGUACCGCAAAAGAGAUCAGUCAGCCUCAGCAGCUAGUGCUCCCAGCCCAAAAGCCACAGGCAGAGCUGCCUCAGACCAGUGUCUCCAGCAAAGGCAGCCUGGAGAGAGAAGAAAAGGAAAAAGAGGAGGAGCGCCAGCGCAAGCAGCAAGAGCACAUUCUCCAGAUAGAGAGGGAGAGGGUAGAGCUGGAGAAGCUGAGGCAGCUGAGGCUGCAUGAGGAGCUGGAGAGGGAGCGUGUGGAGCUGCAGCGGCACAGGGAGAAGGAGCAGAUGCUGGUACACAGAGAAAUCCAGGAGCUGCAGUCUAUAAAGCACCAGGUUCUGCAGCAGCAGCAGGAAGAACGACAGGCCCAAUUUGCUUUGCAGAGGGAGCAGCUGGCCCAGCAGCGCUUACAGCUGGAGCAAAUUCAACAGCUGCAGCAGCAGCUGCAACAACAACUGGAGGAGCAGAAGAGGCAAAAAAGUACUUUCCCUCCUGUGUGUGACCCAGCAGGGAGAAUCCCUCCUCAGGCUGUCACUGAGAUAGCAAUGGAAAUGCAAAGGACAUUGGCCCAAAAUGGACAGUACUGGCCGCCGUUGAACCAAGCCUUCAUGGCUACCCCAGCUGCAGGGCAGGAAGCGCCAGCACAGCCUCGCUAUCCUGGGUUGCAGAGGCCACUCACUAACUCUGCCUCAGAAAUGUCCCUGCAGACAGAGGAGCAAUGGGAAUCCAACCGGGGAAUAAAAAAGAGGAACUCCAUGCCACGCCUCCGGGAUGCCUAUGACAAAGAAACCCCGCACGAGUCAUACGUGGUGAAAAAGAUCACAGACAGCAGUGUGCAGACAGAUGAGGAAGAUAGCGAGGAACGUUACUACCUGUCCCGGCGCCGCCGCACCCGGCGCAGCACUGAUUGUAGCGUGCAAACAGAUGAGGAGGACAAUGCAGAAUGGGAGCAACCAGUGCGCCGGCGUCGAUCCCGCUUCUCACGGCACUCAGACUCCAGCGCCGAGAGUAAGCAGGACUCCUCCUCAAAAGGCACAGCCAGCAUAGGCAUCCAGACCAUCAGCGACUGCUCUGUGCAGACUGAGCCUGACCAGCUGCUCAGAGUGUCCCCCUCCAUUCACAUCACCACCCAUGACCCCAAAGUGGAGAUAGUGAAGUAUAUCUCUGCUCCAGAAAAGACUCAGCAUGGGGAGAGCCUGGCCUGCCAGACUGAGCCAGAAGCGCAGCCUCAGCCAGGCAUUGUGGUCCCCCAGCUUACUGUGCCUACAACCAUCACACCCUACUCCUCUAAUGUUCAGAUGGUGAGCACAAGCCCCCUGGACCCCCAUGCUAUCAGGCAACAGGCCCUAGGCAAGUUCGAGAAGAAGAAACCUGAUCCUCUGGAAAUUGGCUAUCAGUCCCAUUUGCCUACAGAUUCUCUUUCCCAGCUAAUGACCCGCCAGCCUCCCAAAUCCCCCCAGGUACUCUACUCCCCUGUCUCUCCGCUGUCCCCACACCGGCUGCUAGAGUCUACAUUCACUACCAGUGAAAGACUUAAUAAGGCCCAUGUGACACCACAGAAGCAUUUCACAGCUGACUCUACCCAACACCAGCAGACCCUGCCUCGUCCCAUCAAAACCAUGCAGAGAUCCUUAUCUGACCCCAAGCCCAUCAGCCCUACCUCAGAGGAGUCUGGGAAGGACAGGUUCUCCUUAUACCAGCACCCAUUACUCCCAGGCAGCCAGAUUUCCAGUUUGCAGUCCAGCACACUGAUUCGGAAGGUAAAACGCACCCUACCCAGCCCCCCUCCAGAGGAAGCUCACCUACCUCUGGCCAGUCAAGCCCACUCCCAAAUGUACCUGCCUAGCCUCAUGCAGAAGGGGAUAGGAGGGCAAGCUCUGCAGGUAACCAAGGCCAGUCUGCUCAAAGACAUUGACCGUGAUCUGAAGCUGGUGGAACAUGAAUCUACAAAACUAAGGAAGAAGCAAGCUGAGUUAGAUGAGGAAGAGAAGGAGAUCGAUGCCAAGCUGAAAUAUCUGGAGCUGGGAAUUACUCAAAGAAAGGAGUCUCUACUGAAGGAUAGGAGUAUCCGAGACUAUCCCUACCUAAGAUGCCUUGGAGAGAACAGGGAUUACAUGUCUGACAGUGAGCUGAACAAUUUACGUCUCUCCAGCUAUGAGGGCAGCAGUCUGCUCACCCGGCCAAGUACCACCUCAGCUAACCAGUAUGCUGAAUUUUCCAGUUUGCAGUAUACAUCAGCCUCCUCUUAUGCCCCUUAUCAGUACCCCACAGGACCAGCAGGUCUGCAGAGCCCCAGUGCUUUCCAACAAAUGAGAAGUCAGCCUCCCCAGUACCCUGUGGUGAGUACCGGCACCUCUCAGAAUGGCUUCCAGGCAAGUCAGCUGCCCACCUAUCCCUCACAGAGUACGUAUCAAGCACAUACCUUCACUCCAAACACCAGCUACCAAUCAGACUUGGGGCUGCAGAGCCAGCAAGGUUUCCGGCUGCCUAAUCACUAUCAAACACAGACCACCUACCCCAACUCAACACCCUUGCUGCCAGCACAGAGUGCACUUUUCCAAACCCAGGCAGACACGCAGUCCACACACCAGAAGCCACGGCAGACAUCACUGGCUGACUUAGAGCAAAAGAUUCCUACUAAUUAUGAAGUGAUUGGCAGUCCAGCUGUGACAGUCUCUUCAGCUGCCCCAGAUGUCACCUUUAGCACCACAACAGUGACCAGCAGCUAUGAGCAGUACAAGACCCCAGAGGCCAAGCCACCUGACCGGAGCAAUGCUGUGCACAGCCCUUCAGCCACUUAUUCAUCUGAGUCUCUUUAUACAAACCUGGAGCAGAACAUUCCUCGCAACUACGUGAUGAUUGAUGACAUUAGUGAACUAACCAAAGACAGCACAGUGGCAGAAAGCCAGAAGAGAGAGGUGCAAAUGCAAGGCAGUAAUGGCCGCCAACUUAAAGAAAAAAGUGAUCUGGUGGAUGCUGAUAGUUCCAACAGACCAUGCUGCUAUGCCAAAACGGAGGAGGAGUCAGAGGAGGACAUAUAUGACCACCACAGUACUGACCAUCGAGGAAAGGGCAGCUACCACAGGGGGCCAGAGAGCAAUGGCAGGAUGUCAGGGAGCAGCAGUUCUUAUUACUAUGGGGACGAUUACCGGCACUCUUCACGGCCAGACAAGCACGGUUCUGGCACAGGGGUGCAGAAACAUUCUUCCAAAAACUUGGCCCCUGCUGUUAUCUCCUCCAAGCGCAGUAAGCACAGAAAACAAGGUAUGGAGCAGAAGAUUUCCAAAUUCUCCCCCAUAGAAGAAGCCAAAGAUGUGGAGUCAGACCUGGCCUCAUACACAGUGACUACAUCUGUCAGCAGCAGCAAUGUGGCAUCCAGAGCAAAGAAGUUUCAGGAUGAGAUCACCUAUGGCCUCAAGAAGAAUGUGUAUGAACAGCAGAAAUACUAUGGUGUGCCUGGCAGGGAUAUGACAGAUGAUGAUGAGAGAGUGUACAGCAGUGGAAGCAGAUCAAGAUCGUCUGGUUAUGGGACAGAGAAAUCGUCAAGUCGCGAUGUGAGCAGCAGAAGCAAAUCCUAUGAGAGAGACAGCAUGGAAAGAUCCCAGAAAGGCAGCUCCAAGCCUUCUUCCCUUAUCAUGAGUCAGGGUCGAGGACGACCUCCCAUUCGCACACAGGCCUCAGAAGAGGAAAGUCCCAUCAGUCCUUUAGGAAAGUCCGUGGGUGUGUCCCGUUCCUCAGGUGGACCGCUCCCUCCAUCAGCUGGGGACAGCUGUCCUCAGUUCUGCUCCAGCCACUCACUGCCUGAUGUACAAGAACAUAUCAAAGAUGUGCCAAGGAACCACGCUUACAAGCAUGAGGAUGGUUACAUGAUGGAUGAUUCACAUUGCGUUGUUUCAGACAGUGAAGCCUAUCAUUUGGGUCAGGAGGAGACAGACUGGUUUGAUAAACCGAGGGAUGCUCGCUCAGAAAGAUUUAGGCAUUGCAGUGGCCACGCCUCUUCCUCUCAGAAGAGAGCUUCAGUUAAACACACCUACCAUGACUAUGAUGAGCCUCCAGAUGACGACCUGUGGCAGCAUGAUGAUUACUCUCAACCACGUCAUUCUUCUUCCAAAGACCACAGGCACCAUGGAGAGUAUGGAAGGCAUUCAUCCUCACGCCACCCAAAUGACGAUCAACCUCGGAGGUCAUCCAAGCAGCACCCCAGAGAUCAGGGCCGCCAUGAACCCCGCGCACACACACAGCCUUCUUCCCAGAAGAAGACUCAGCAGUCAGAAAUGAGAACACAGCCAGGUUACCCUUCCAGCACUUCAGAGUACUCACAGCAAUCCCGGCAGCCAUCCAGUUACCACCAUACCUCAGAGUCCCAGAAAACACAAAAACCACCACCUCAGCCACAGAAAACAGAGCCCCUUCCCCAUCAACCACAGCAGCCACCACAGCAAACAAGGCAACAACAACCAGGGCAGCAGCCACUGCAGCAGCCACAACAGCCAUCAACCAGGCAGCAGCAGCCAUCAUCCAGGCAGCCUGCUCAACAGCAAGGAGGCCCUGCCCAGCAGCCCCUGCAACAGCAGCCACAGCAGCAGGCUAGGGUGCAGCAGCAGUUGGGAGCUCAAGGACCACCCUCCUCGCGGCUACCACAGCAGCAGCCCACCCCACCCCAGCCAGUAGGGAAGCCACAGCCAAGUCUCCAUGCCCAAGCAGGGGUACACCAAGCAACACCACCAAAAGCAGAGCAGAUGGAGGCAUCCAAACCCACCACAAAAGUGCCACAGCAGCCGGGGAGAGUGCCCCAAGCACAGCCACCAGGGGCAGCAGCCGCAGGUCAUAAAGUGGGUCAAAAGCCUGCAGGAGCAACUCCAUCUGCUGCUACAGCAGCUGGACAGCCCGGGGUGGAUGGAGAGAGCAUGUUUUCCAAAAUCCUACCAGGAGGGGCAGCAGAACAAGCAGGAAAAUUGACUGAAGCGGUGUCUGCUUUUGGCAAGAAAUUCACAUCAUUCUGGUGAGAGAAUUCCACAGGGAAUUUGAGAGAGCGAAUAGAUAUCUAGUCACCGCAGAGGAAAAACCUAUGAAGAAACCAGUGAAUUCAGCCUGCAGCGUUGGACUCUGGGUAUAACACUUUUGAAAGCAUGGAAACCCCUAGGCUGCUUGUGAGAUCAAAUGCAGAAGAGAGGACGUUGAAUCUCAUGGCACAGUGUCUACACAGGGGUCUGGGUGGAGGAUGCAGAGCAAGCUUCUUCAGAAUCUGAGAAGCAGCACUCCAGGAGGGCAUCAGGAACAUCCUCUUGUCAGCUCUGUGCACUGUGGAUUGAGCCAUAGGAGCAGGUGGUCAGUCAUGCUUAGACCGAAAGGUUGUCUAUAAAGGAAGCUUUCAAAGCGUGAGCCUGUUCCAGACCAUUAGAUCGUAUGGGUAGAACCUGCUCUGCUUCAUGGAUUCCCCAGCAGUGCUCCCUCCUGUGGUCUCCUCCAUGCUUAGAGGCUGAUGUUGGGAACCAUGGCCCUUUCUUGAGAUUAUACACAGAGUUGUUCACUCCACUGCAUUUUAGCUCUAGAGUCUUCAUAGGUUUUUCCCUCUCUCUGCGAUGUGUAUGAGUUGAGGGCUGGGAGCCAGAGGCUCCAUUUUCCUUCACAUUCCAGUUUGUCCCAUUGGUCCCUUCUACAUGAGGGUGUUCUUUUACUCUCGCUGUCUCUGUGCUGGAAAAAGUUCCAAAACCUGAUCUGUGGGAUUAAGAGAACUUCAAUUAGGACCUAACACUGUUUCAUUACUGAAAUAAGAGGCCAUAGGACUCUGAAAGGCAGUGCGUAAACUGGCUGACUUUUACUGAAGCAAUUGCUGGCCAGGCGCCCCAAAGCCAUCCUGAAGCCAUUCUAAAGCAUUCAAAUGGCAGUGCUUUCCAUUGUUGAUGUCGCACAUUGUUUUAAGUAUGCCUAGGUAUUAUUUUUAUUUCAAGAACAGCCUUAAUCAUUCCACUUUUUUUUAUGUGUAUACCUCAUUGACACCCAGGGGUUGGGUUUUUUUGGAGUUUUUUGUUGUUGUUAGUAGGUUUUUUUGUUUUGGCUUUUUUUUUUUUACUUUCUACAGAAUUGUUUUUCCUCUUUGCUUUAUUUCAUGAGUUAGCACAUGGGCUGUUGUCUGCUGAAGCAAUAGUAGUGCAGAAGGCUAUUAAGAGCACAAUCCAUGGAACAAGAUCAGGAGAGCUUCGCCUCUGCCAUUCUUCUUUCUAUUACUGUGCAAUUCAAGUCGUCCUUAAGCCAUUACCAAUGGGCAUGCUCAGAAAGACGGAGGAGCUACUCGAAGCAAAAUCUCGUUUAUCCUGCCACUAUGAAGUUCCUCAGACCAUAACCCGGGAGAGCAGAAGGCAGCCAAAUGAAACUGCUUGCUUCACUGUAAAGAAAUUGGCACCUGUACAGAUGCUCUGGUUUUCAUUUGUUUGUGUUGUCAGCUUCCUGCCAGGCUCUCUUUCAUGCUGAGCAUGCUCAAAACAACAAGUCAUUGAUGUGAUCCAUAGGAGCUUCCAUUCACCUUGGGUAACAGCAACUGAUGCUCAUGUCUAAUGUUCUAUGCAAUGAAAUACAAAAUUGAAAAAAAACCUGUUAAUAUUUAAUAACUUCAAUGUUAUGUAUAAGGAUUUAAUUGCAAAUGUGCUACUGAGAAACUGGAUAGCUAUCUUUAUAUCAAACACCUAUGUGUAUGAAGUUUUCGAUUAGUGGCAUGUUCGACCCAUCAAGGGACACUUUGCCAAAGGGUAGCCAUGUAGCCUGUGACUGUCUGUCCUGUCGUAGAGCAUGGCUUGCUACUUUUCUGCACGGUUCCAUCUACAUUUAAUGCUUGCAGUUCUUAGCUUGAAGUUUCUUUUUUUUUUCCUCAUGGUUCAUUUCCUAUAUUGAAUGCUAUUAGCAGAUUUUUGCACUUGUUAUUAAGGAUCCAUCAGUCACAAUGUAAAGCGCAAUUCUUCCUCAGAAAAACACCAAAUAUUCUGCCUUCAUGUAACACCCUUUAGAGGUUCCCUUGACAUCAACUUUGCUAGCCCUAAAGCACCCUGCCUCCACCAUCUCCCGCUGCCCACCCCCCAGGCCAGAGGCCUAAACAGAUGUCACAGCAGGAGUGGGGAAGUGAUAUGAAAUAGUCAGCUGGGCAGGACAGACUAAUCAUUUCUGGAAGUUAGUUUUAGAGUUGGCUGCACUAAAAUGAUUUAAUCCCAGUGCUUGCCUUCUGUGAGAGCUGAGAAUCCAAGCUCUCGUGCUACUAUCAGCUCUCAGUGCCACAGCCACUGGUGCAGUAUUGCUAAUGCAUAAAGAGCCAUUGAACAACAUCUGAGGCCAAGGCACUGGGAAGCUAAUAAGGAGAGAACUUAAUGCAGUGCUGGUAUAGACAAACAGACACACCCUCUCCUGCAUGGCCUCAUCUGGGAGCACAGCCACAUCCUUCCCUUGGUGCCUGGAUGCUGGGAACAUGCUGGAACGAGCACAUGCAGGUGAGUGGCUCAGCCAGUUACUGUUCUGCCCCGCUCAGCUCUUUGUGACCCAUCAGUAGUGAAAUCACUGCAUUAUACAGGGUUUGCUGCACUUUCCAUUCUCUAAGCCCAAGACACCUAAGUGCUGAGACCCAUGUCAGCGACCUACCUAUAGGUCAGAGGUAAGAGGGACAGACUGAUCUCCUUCCACUAUCCAGGAGCUAGAUAGGGUGGUCUCUAUGGGCCAUAUUGUCUCAAAAGCUACACUUCAGGCCCUCCCACACAGCUAGACCACUCUCUAUUCCCAAUAAAAAGCAAGAGCCCACUGCUUUUCAGGGCAUGAGUAACUGGAAUGGGCAUUGGUACCUGCACUGUGCCAAACCUGUACCAUAGUCAGAUGGGGUUUUGGCUACAUGCGCAUCCAAGGGUUUUGAGACAGAAGAGCGAUUUCAGAUUUACAUCACAUUCCCUGAGAGGUGUGCAGCCCAUUACAGUUCCUCAAUACAGCCUGAAUCAAAUGACUGCAGUGGUCCCAGUGUUGAUGCCUGCGGGACCUAGCAUAGGCAUAAUUGGGCACCUGAGCAUGCUGGGCAGCAGCCAUGCAUAGGACAAGUGCUGCUGGUGAUACAGCAGUGGCAACCAGGCCAGCAGCACAGCUGCUGUUAUUUUUUAACCUUUCUCCUCCCCUGAGGGUCAGUACCCAGGGCUGGUGCCAUAGUCACCCCCUCUUCAUUAUACUCCUGGAACCUAGAACUGCUUCUCCAAGGCAGGAAUAGACAAGUUUUAGAGAAGCCAUUGUCACAGUGAAAAGAACAAACCCAGAAGGGCCUUGACAAUUCCUUUCCCAGGGCCUCCGUGCUCCAUGGUCAGAGCUCAAGGGUGUGGUGAAAACAGUCUGAGAUGGCAUCUGGGAGCAUGUGCAGCUUUAGAGCAGUUGUGCACCAGAGCAUAGCUGGGCACAAGGUGGAGAGCAUGGCAUCAAGGGGGACCUGUGCGAGUCGCUUACUGUUUUGUCCUCUGGGACAGGGACAGUGCCAGAACCACAGUAGGUAGAGUUGUUCAUUGGUUGGAGUCAGCCAACAUUCACCUUGAUCCCAUGGCAGGCAGCUGCCAGGAAUGCUGUGGGUUCUGCUUCAGCCAUUUUCUGGCAGGCCCAGCAGAGAGCCAUGUACUGGUAGCCAGGGACACUGAAUUCUCUUCUUUACUUAAAAGGCUUCAUUAUAAGGAGGGAAGCACUGAUGGGAAAACUAUCUGAACUCCCUAGGCUUCCAGGAUAAGAUGGGUGUCUGUUUCUAGAUUUAUCACCAGCACCAAAAUAACUAAGGAACAGCUGGUCUAGUGCUAAGAGCACUGCCCUCCCUGAGGGAUUUGGUGCCAGCAUCAGCACAGUUCUCCCGGCACAGCAGGAGCAUCUUUCCUCCCCUGCCCAGAAACAGCAGCUCACGGGGAAGUGGGUGUUAUACAGAGGGCCCCUGCCCCUCUGUGAGAGCUGUGCCCCUCCUUCCCACUUGGCUCCUGCCAUUCACAAGUCUUCCAGGCUCAGAGAGUGUGCAGGGCCCUUCACCUGGCAGGUCAUAGGCCUUGGCCUUUCAUCAAGUUUGAGCAUAGCUAGGAUGGGUCCCAUUAGCUAGCACAAUGCUGCCCAUGAUUACACAGUCAGUAAAGAGGACAAGUCAUGUUUGGCAUUGUGGCCAGCUAUAUUGUAAUCACAAUCCCAGCAUGGCCCCUAGGCAUGACUUCUUUCCUGCACUGACAGUGGUUAUGGAGAGCAUAGACAGAUAUGUUCUACCCCACAGGGCUAAUGAAGGGCAGUGCACGAGGGAAUAGCCUGACAGGAGGUGAAUCGAGUGCCUGUCUGCAGGGACAUUGGGUGCGUAGACACGUCACCCUAUGGCAAUGUAGCGAAGUGCUACAUUGCUGUACAGUGCACUAUGGUAAUAUAGCAAUUGUGUGGGUCUUCAUGUGAUCACCAGCUACGUUGCUGUAGCAGCGCACUCCCCCAGUAUGGUGCACUGCUACGGGGAGAUAGCUGUGACAUUUACCCACGCGCCACACACACAGCACAGUAAGUGCCCGUACUGCGCCAUGCUUUAGUACUAUGGCAACAUGUAGACGUGCCCAUGUGGCUGCUCCCAGUAUUUGCUGACUGAUGCUCUCCAGUUCUGCUCAAAGUCAAGCCAGUCCCAAGCCAAGUGGAGGUCUCCCAGCUCUUGAGAGGGAAGUAUGUUUCCCUUCCUGCCCAGGACAGCAGGGUAUUUCCUAGCAGUGAUACUCUUCACUCACAGCAGUCCCAACCACGCAGGCCUUUCCCAGGGACCCCCGCAAUGACAAGUGCAUAGUCUGAGGAUGCUUUUUCAGGGCUCUAGUCUGACUCCUGCCCCCUGCAGGUUUUCUCAGCUGCUCCCCCUCCAUUCCUUGCAUUGUAAAUAUUUGUACAGUGUGUAAAUCUCAUGUGGUACUAAGAACAAACCCAAACAAUGCCCUUCAGGGCCUCAUCUCACUGACCAGCACACCUGCCAACUCUCGCUUUUGUGUAUAAAAAAAGAAUACUAAAAAAGCCUGGUGUUUGUGGCUGGCUUGUUCAGACUUUUCCUCUACUCUUGCGAAGCGUAGCAGAAUCGUGUUGAGUUGUCGUGGCUGUACACGCCCUCUCUCCGCACUGUCACCCAGCGCUUGUGUAUUUGGGGUUGUUUUCUUUACUUUGGGUUUUGGAGGGGGGCAAGGGGUUCUGUAAAAAAAACAAAAAAAAUCAAACAAAAGAACAAGUUUACAGUUGUAAGUGCAAUGACCUGAGUCCUCCCUAUGACCAUUGUGAAUGGUGUGCGUGUCCUGCUGUGCUCUAUGAGAACCUGUAGUAUUCUGUGUACCACCUCAUGUAUUGUGAGAAGUUGCCCCUACAAGGUAUUCCUGUGGGAACAGAAUAAAAGGACUUGAUAUAAAUCA